UCCAUGAGCAUAACACGUGCAAAUAUAAAACUUGUUUUUCUUCGCAGUGUAGGCUCAUCUGGCUAUUAAUGAACGGCUUAAAAUGAGUGAAAAUAGCACAAAAAUUAAAUAUCUUGUAGCGGAUACGACUGCAUUUAUCAAUGCGGUGCCACUGAAUGAAUACGCAGAUAAUGUGCUAACCGUGCCGGAGGUGGUGGCAGAGGUGCGCAAUAAGCGACAGAUACGCCGCCUCUGCGUACUGCCCUUUGAUCUGCAGGUGCGCGAGCCACGUCCAGAGAGCGUCAAGCACUGUGUAGAGUUUGCCAAGAAAACCGGCGACUAUGCUAGCUUGUCUGGCAUUGACUUAAAAGUGAUUUCACUCACAUACGAGCUGGAGGCGGAUACUCUGGGCACCGAGCAUCUGCGCAACGAGCCAGUCGUUUCCCAGGUAAUUGCCUCUAAGGACAAGCCAGAGGAGAUGCAGGAUGUUAACAAUAAACGGCUUGUCGGCUGGUACAUGCCCGAGGGAAACGAAGAUGAUGACGACGACGACGACGAAGAGGAGGACGACGACGAUGAUGAAGAUGUCAACGAUUCAGGAGAUGACAAUGAUCAACAGCUGGAUAAAAGCAGCGAAAAUGUGGAUCAUAUUAAGGAAGCCAUUGAAGCGCAGCUACAAGGCAAACAGAUAACAAGUCCAGACAGCAAACAAGUAACAAAUGAAGCUGUCGAGGAUGAGAAUGAGGAUGAGGACGAUUUGACGCAGGAGGAGCUAGACAAGCUAUUUGAAAAACUUAAAUGUGCUCCAUCAGCGGACGAGGAGCAGGCUACUUGUGAUCUUCUGGUGGCAGAGCCCCAAGAGGAAGACGAUGAAGAGCAGCCAAGCAGCAAUAAAAAUAAUAAUGCCCCUAGCAUCAUCAACGACGACGACGACGUCGACGACGUCGGUGACGAUGGCUGGAUAACGCACUCAAACAUUAAGAAGGCCAAAAAGGCGCUCGAGGGCAAAGUGGAAACAGACAUUGUGCCGCCGGUGGCGUGCAUGACCACAGAUUAUGCGCUGCAGAAUGUGCUGAAGCAGCUUAACUUGCAGCUAGCAGCGCUCAAUGGACGCAUCAUCAAGCAACUGCGCACCUACAUACUGCGCUGCUAUGCCUGCUACAAAACGACCAGCAUCAUGACCAAGGUGUUCUGUCCAAACUGCGGCAACAAGACACUGAAGCGAGUCGCUAUCAGUCUGGACGAGAAUGGCAAACAGGUGAUACACAUAAAUACGCGACGCCCGCUGUCCGCCAAGUAUAAGAACCAGAGUCUGCCACGCUUCCAUGGCGGUAAGCAUUCGCGUAAUCCCAUUCUCUUCGAGGAUCAGCCCAUGCCGCGCCAGAUGCCGUCGCGUGUAGCCAAAACCAAAACGAAUGCUUUGGAUGAUGACUACAUUGCGGGCUUCUCGCCAUUCGUCAUGCGUGACGUCGACUCCAAGUCGGCAAUGCUGCGCUCCAAAGGCAACCUAAAGGAGUGGGCGCGCAACAACAACUUCGAGGAGGAUCGCAGACGCAAGAAUUACAAUCGCCUGUACAAAUAGUAGGCGCAGCUCUUGUCGUAAGCAUAUAUCUAUCUUUGUAUGUAGCAACCUCUCCCAUGCGUCUGUAAAAUAACUUUAAUCAAAUAUAUAAAUAUUAAUUGAAUUUAA